AUGGAGGAUCGCAGCAGGCACUUCACGGGCCGGCGCAUGAAGAGUGGGCUCCUGGACUACCAGCAAGGGGCCUUACACUUUCUGAAACAGGCCCUGCUGCCGGAGGGGAGCAAGGCGCUGCUUGCUCUCGACACAGGCCUCGGGAAAUCUGCGGUGGUGAAGGAGUUGGUAGAUUACCAGUGGCUGGAGAAGGGCUUCCGCAGCAUCGUCAUCGUGCCAUCUACCCUCGUCGACCAGACGGUGCGGACUCUCGUCUUCCCACCCUGGGAGAAGCCUCCAGCGUGGUUCUUGCAGAGCAAGAAUUCCAAGGCCAAGCAGGAGCUGCUCAAAGGCUUCGGCGUGGCGACGCUGCGUAGCAUUUCAGAUCAGAAGGCUCUGCUCGCGACCCCUAUUGGUGAACGGCCCCACGUCUUGGUCUGCAAUGCCGCCUGCCGAGAAGCUGAAGCAGGCAACUUCAGUGGACUCCUCUUGGACCGACACCUGGUGGUUGUUGAAGAAGCCUACAGCCCCAGCUAUCACACUUGUCAUCUGCAUGCGCAUGCACCUGAGUCAAGCAGGAUCCUGUUUGUGACUGCGACCCCUGACCGGCUAUUGAGUCGCGAGCCGGAACUGCGAGGUCAGAAUCAUUUUCGAGUGAAGAAGACGCCACAGCUGCUGCUUAGCCUCGGGAUGGCCGACCCAAAGCUGGAGCUACUGAAGUUGCAGGAGACGCAGGCAAGCUUCUUCAGCACGGGCCGCUUGGGUGACGGAUUUCUGCGGCCCUUAGCCAUGCAUGCUCUCGAUGAGCAGUGCCUGCAGCCUUUUUUAGAGCAGCAGCCUCCGACCUAUCUCAAAUCCUGGCAACAAUUCUUCGAUAGCCUGCCAGAGGAGACGUGCAGGUCACUUGCCGUGGACUAUGGUGGUCCGGUAGUCAGGCCGGGAAAGCCUUACGAUUCUCAAUUCCUCCUUUGGUCCUUCCGAGCCAUGGUGGCUGCUUCACCAGGAAGCCUUACAAGCUACCUCCGUGCAAUGGCUAAGGCCGCGCAUCAGCAGCAUGGCAGGGACACAUGCAGAUGCUGUGCGUUGACAGAGUAUCAGCUCAGCGAGAUGGCGGGCGCUGAGAGAAAGAGCAGUUUGUUGGAAUCCGUGGAGUUUGUGACGAAGACUCUCCGACAGGAGCUGGCACCCGAAGUGCACGGGCGAGGAGGCUAUGACCUCGGCAGGUUUGGUGCAACCAUCGUACGCUGCUCCUGUUUGGAGACCAUAAACCAAGUGGUCCAGGACCUCAGCUCUGACAGCUCUUUCGAAAUCCACAAGCUCACGACUGGUUUAUCUUCAAGGCAGCGUACGAAAGUCCUUCAAUCCUACACGUGCUUCAAGGGCGACCGUGCGGCCAUGUGCGUGCUGCGACGUGGCAGUGAUCAGCUUCAGGCUCAAGGCAGCCCCUUGGGUCGAAAGCCUAUCCUGGCUCUUGUGUCCAAGUUCGUCACGCGCCACCAUGUGCUACUGGCAGAUGCUUCCAUCGAAGUGGGCAUUGAGUCGCUGCACCGCUGCACUGAUAGUGUGAUUCUGCAGCAGUUGCCGACCGCCUAUGAUCAGCUCUUGCAGCUGGGUGGUCGCGUCUCCCGGCUCGCAUUGGACUUGCCGAAGCCUCAGCCGCCCAUCGUCGUGCGGUGCCCUCUUCGGAUCGGCACCGUGGACGAGCUCCUUGCGCGUCACCUCAGGGGCGAGGCACAGCGCCAGAAGCGUGAGCAAGACCUGGCGAGCCUCGGGGGCCGCGGUGCCAAGCGGAAGUGUCCCUGGGGCGUUCGGGAAGCCACAGAGGGAGAGGCCGACACCGAGCUUGCGCCAAAGAUCAUCAAGCACAAGGGCCUAGAGCCUAUGCCGUCGCUCGAGGAGAAGCCCCUGGCAUUGGUUGGACAAGGAGCACCGCAAUGGGAUCGCUGUGUCGACGAUGUCUGGGUCCGAAGCUUCUCCAGCGUUCGGCGGGGCGCUUUUUCGGAGGAGGACCUGGCGAGGUGGUGGGAAGUCGCACUGGAUCAGACGCCCUGGGAACGCCCAAGGGUACGCGGCGGGCGCCAGCUUCCACGUUCAGCAGCCUGGUUUGUGAAGAAAGAAUGCUCGUGCUGCUACGAGUACAAUGGGACUCAAUGGCCUUCGGUUGAAUUCCCUGACUGGCUGCUGGAGGUGGAGCAGGCAGUCUGGGCGGUGCUACGUGAGGGCGAAGGGGCCGCGGACAUUCUUGAACCCAACUCGUGCGUCGCCAACUUCUAUGCAGACGGCGCCCAGUCCGUGGAUUGGCACGCGGACAACGAACCCUUGUUCGAGGGACUUCUCCGCGACUGUCAAAUUGUGAGCCUCUCCCUUGGGGAGACCCGACGUUUCGAGCUGCGACGGCGAAGAGAUCUGAGCAACCCACUGAAGCACUGCGAUCGAGUUGUGCUGGACCUCCAUGACGGGGACAUUGUCACGAUGGAGGCAGAAUCGAUCAGUGACGGGGAUCAUCUGUCCAUGCACUGUGGCCUCGCAUGA